AUCGUUCAGUCUCUUCGUGCGUCCAAUCAGCUCGGACGCACUGCACUGACCAGGAGGAACGAUAGUUGAGAUACAGUUGUCAGAUGCCAAACUAACGGAGUGCUUUAUUUGAUGUGCCAAAUAUAUACUUUUAUUGACAAAACGUUCUUGCGAUUGUUUGCCGUAAAUUUAACUUGUAUUAUGAUUAAUAUACUGAGCUUUCUUUGUUGACUUAUCGCUUAGUGAUUCUCGUGGAAUCUUGGAUAAAACUCGCCCGACGUCGUCUGCUAGUGAUUUUGUGCUCGGUGUUUUCCAUCAGCAUAUAUGCAAGGUUUUCGAACACAUCACAUCUCAUUUCGUUUUAACCCACAGUUCGCAGUGUUGAAUGUAAGUUAUCAACACUUACUUCGCUCUCCGUUAAUGAGGUUUCGUAUCGUGUCAAAGUUCAGAAUGACUUCAUAAAUCUACUCCUCCUCUCCCCGAACUGCAGUGAUUUCCAAGGACCAUUAUAUCAGGAAUAUAACCGACCAUUUCUCGACAGGGAGGCGGUGAUUUAUACUAUGGAAUUUAGUCACCAGCGACAUAACCCCAGCAAUGUCGGUAGUGUAUUGAUCGAACCUCCAAGCAACCUCUCUCCCACGUCGAUCCGCAGUCCUCGAAAGACGACACGAUUUCACGGUGGGCGAUGUAUGACGUCGAGCACGCAAACCAUGGAUUGGCCACUGACCUACGAUGAGUUAGAUGACUCUUUCGGCAUGUCCGUCAAAGAUAUAGAAUAUCUGGACUCGGACGAGAGUUCGUCGUCGGAUUCGCCCGACAGCGAAGGCACGGCGACGUCCGCUGUAUCGGCACUUGACGCGAAAACUCGUGUCUCGAGACCGAAGACGUUGGACCUUCGCCGAGAAGUACUGGUGUAUCGCACAACCGGUCCAACUGUCCCAAGGGAGCACCUGAAGUUAAGGUCUACCAAAAGCCUAGAACCUACCCCAACAGGGCGAGAUUCCUGUAAGAUAAAUGGAGCUAUUAAAUAUAAGGAGGAACCCCCUUCAGGCCGAAUGACCGCAACGGGGGCUGAAUCUAGUCCAGCUUUGGUCACGAAUUCGACGGCUCUGCAGCUUCCAAAACCCAAGCAAAAGCUACGAGCUGUGCGGUCACUGGAUACCACACUCCUGCACAAAACUGACAACAGCGACCUGGGAAAUGACUCCGACCAUUCCGCCAAAGCUUCAGGGGAUUCCUACAGUCCAUCCCCUUCGACAAAGCGUCGAUUUCCUUACCUUCAGAAGCUCGCCGCCAGCAUGCGAGUUGGUGGGCAUCACCACCAUCAGCAUCACCACAGCAGUAGCUCCACGGGGAGUUCACCGAGUCCCAUCUGCGAGAGUCCCGAUGGAGGUGUCUUUGACGACAGUCCCUUCUCCCCUUCCUCACCAAGUCACCUAACCUCUAAAUCAUCCACUGAUAGUCUCACGUCCCCUUCUUCUCCUUCAGUAAUGCACCGGAUGAAGCUCCCCGGCUCGCCCAGUCAGAAACUCAACCCUAGGAAGCUAUGGCGUGGCAAGGGACAUCACCAACACCAUCACGGCAAGCUCCAGGCUGGGCCUGUUCUCACCAAUUCUUUCUGGGCCCCUGUGGUGAGUACCCUCUUCACGAAUAUCGUAAAUGUGCAUGCAUGGUGAAUGCCACAAUCACACCGACGACCCCGACUCCAGACCGACCAAAUCUAUUUUUACGUUAUUACCUAUGACACACCAUCGGUCGGUUUUGAGUCGGUUUCGUUUGUGUGACUGUGGCAUCAGUGUGGUCUGGGCCCCGUCUUACAAAGAGUUUCAAUCGAUCCAAUCAAUCGCAACUUUAUGGAAAUCCAAUGGUGUCAUGAUUUUUUUCUAGAGGAAAUUUGCAAAUGUCCUUUGUAAAUAAAGGCGAACACACCAAAAACUUGUCAAAAACACGAUGAAUGUAUGAAUAUACAUCAUAUCUAGAAAAAACAAUUUGAACACACAUGUAUUUUAGAUGUGGGGCUUUGCUGGCUUUCCAUAGUUGAGGUUGAUCAGAUCGAUCGCAACUCUUUGUAAGACGGGGCCCUGUUGUUGAUAUUGUAAAUGAGAUGAAACGAAUAAUGACCAAUGAUCUGGGAAGCGUUUCAUCAACAUUUUUGUCCGACAAACUUGUCAGAUCUGACAACUUUCCUUGAUUCUGAAUGGCAGGUAGUCACUGUUACUAUGGUAAUUGUCGGAUAAAAUGUCCGACAAGUCCUUUCAUGAAACACUCCCUAGAUUUUUUUUUUUCGUCACCACUCCACAAAUCGGCAAACGGAAAUUAAAGUAAAUGUUCAACAAAGUCAUCCUGGUAAAUCGCGCAGUAACAUUCGUUUCAUUACCGUGCGGGAAUGAUUAAGUCCGAAUAACAGCAGGCCAUAAAAUACAAAUCAUAUACCGUCAGAUUGUGUUGAUGGUUAGGCUUAUUAAAUUCUAACAAAUAUUUUAUAACUGAAGUUUGUGAUAUUCUGAAUCUGAACGAUAAGUAUAGCAUGUUUCAAUUGCUGGAUUAAUCUGAUCACGUUUUUCUACCCUCAAAUACUUACUCGAACUUGAAAAAAAAUGUUGUCCACAGUGGAAUUAAACUGGCUAUUACAGGAAAUUGGGGGGGGGGAACAAUUCCAUUUGUCUAAUUGAAAUGUUGAAAAGAGAGCGGACUUAUGUACUGAUCGUUUGAAUAUUUCAUAUUUUCAGUUUGAUGCCAAACUUUUUUUUUAAAUCAAUUACGUAUUUCCAGAUUACUAUUAAUAUUUUCAAUACCUGUCGCCAAAAGUGUCUCUAAAUCCAUUAAAAUUAGCUUGUGGGCAUGAUAAACACCACAAUAUUGUCUACAUUCAAAUUUUCUGGGGGCUUAAUUUUUGUUCUGCUGUUUUCUAUCAAUUUUCAAUUUAUCUAUGAUCCACGUUCUAAACCACAAUCACAGUUUAUAUUAAUAAGUGAUCUAUAGCUUAAGGCAAAUUGAAGGCUGCAUCACACCUAUAGAUACACCGCUGCGAAUCGUUUAUUUUUUAUGUAAAAGAUUUAUCAUUACUGCAGACAAGCACAAAAUCCGGUAAUUAAAUUCGUUCGAGGUUUAGCCAAUGAGAGAUAUCGAAAUCGAAAUUAAGACUGCGACAUCAUGAACCUACUUGUCUGGGGGAAAUGGACGAAACGGUUCCUAUAAUCAUAAUAUCCAAGCAGUCGUGCGAUUGUCUACGAUUCGAAACUGUUGGACUUUAUUGAACUUUAAGACUAACUUUGCGUGAAAUUCAUAUGCAACGCAUUCAGAACCUGAUUCCAGCACACUUGAUUUGAAAAUGAAACAGAAUGCUGAAAUCUUAUGCUCCAGUCACACAAACGAUAUCGCCUCCAUACCGAUCAAAGCUUUUCGAAUGGCAUAUCAUCGGUCAGUGUUGGGUUGGGUUCGUUGGUGUUAGUUACUGUGUAGCAUAAUGCUAUUACGAUUUAUUACCAAAAUCGGAUUUCGUGGAUCGUUUAGUGUCAUUCGGGAUUAAGAUAAGAAUGGAAAUGAUCACAUUAAGAGAAUCAACGACUAUAAAUAACCUUGUAGAAUUAUCGGGUUUUGAAUAAUAACUUCUGAGUAGAUUAUAAACUCAGUGGACAUCCAAAAUGAAUAGGCUAUACCUUUCCCUGUAGGCCCUAUAAACGCACCAUUCUAUACCUUGUCCAAAUGGGGGAACUUACGGGUGUUUAAAAUGACUGCCGAGUCUUCAAGCACCGUCCCCACAUGUGUCGGUAACCGUGUGAGGUGUGAUUACUGAAGCCAGAUAUUGUCCCGUUAUCUCUGUCCAUUGAUUGCCGACACAUCUUGUUGAUGAUAUCGAUUAGGGAUUACCCUUGCUCCAAUUGUAAUGGGUGCUGGAUGCACCUUUGGAGGAGGAAGAGGACUGAGGAGGAGGAGGCCAUUGAGGGAGUUUUGGAGGAGUAAUCGGUUCGGAGAUCCAAGUGAUCAUGCAAUCAUUGGGAGUAUAAUGGUGCAUGGAGAAUGUCAUAGAAGAGUUAUGAUGAUUGCAUACCACAUUGGUGAUUACCCCCCCCCCUCCCCCUGUCUCUCUCUCUCUCUCUCUGAAUUAAUGAAGUGGGGAUAAAAUGUGCCUUUUGAAGAGGGGGUAUCGACGUAGUUGGGAGGGUUGACCAUGUUGACCGCAAGGAAAGGAAAAUAUUUGGUAUCGGUGAUCGCAAUAAUCAUAUAGUAACUAGGAUGUAAUGCCCGAAACCGAGUCCCUAAGCGACCGAUGGUAUUUUGUAAUAACGUAAUAGCUUUUGUCGAUCUGUGGCCCGUCUUACAAAGAGUUGCGAUUGAUCCGAUCAAUCACAACUGUGGAUGGCCAGCAACGCCAACAUCUAAAAUAAACAUUUUGUUCAAAAUAUUUUCUAGAUAUGAUGUAUAUUCAUACAUUCAUCGUUCUAUUGAAGAUUCAGUGUGAUUUUUUUUUCCUGUAGAAAAAAAAACGGUAUGGAUGGAUUUCCAGAUAGUUGAGAUUGAUUGGAUCAAUCGUAACUCUUUGUAUGACGGGGCCCAGGAGACGAUUUUGCCGAUGUGACUGAAGCAAUAGGUGGUGCAUGCGGUGUUAAUUUAACACCAGUCCGGAAUCUAUAUAUGACCACACCAGUAAAGUGUCAAAACAGCACCGGUUUGGUUUUGGACUAAUUCCAGACAGGCGUUUAUACAACACCAAUUAGUGUUAAAACAGCAUCGAUUUAAUUUCAAGCCGAUGUUGUUUCUCCACUUCUCUGGUGUGGUCAUGGUAUAUAGAUUCCGGACUGGUGUUAAAUUAACACCGCAGUUUUUGCGGUCUUUGGUCACCAUGGUUAUCAUAAUCACUGGGGUGUAAUUACCCCCAUCUUCCAGCUACACUGGACGUGGGUUGGUGCCCCCGUUUGGGAAUCCUUAAGACUAAGAUGGGUGGGUGACCAUUAUAAGAUAUUAAGUAAUCUUCGACUGGGACGUUACCAAGACAGUGCUGAUCUCAUACCAAAUAGGCUCUUUUAUUAAUUGUUCAUUUGACACGGUGUGAGCAUAGACCCCACUGAGAAAUCUUAGUAGGGUCCAUGGUGUGGCUAAUCUAGGCUUUUGGAGUUCAUGAAAUCGUGACAAAAUGUCAUUUUAAUUGGACAGGACCUACUUAAUUCUACUGAUUCUCAUUGUAUUGGUAUGUGGAUCAUGAGUCGAGUAAGUUGGAUGCACUUUAAAUGCGGACAUGCUGGGACAUCGCAAAUGUGUGAUCGAAGAAGAGUCAUGUUGAUGCAUAUCUUUGGGACCAUUUCGGGUAAAGAGAGAUAAAAACCUUUAUCACGUAAUGGUUGAGAUGUGGGGAAGAUUUAAGUAGUACGGGGAUCGUUGUUGAUAAGAGGUAUGCAGUUACUUCGAACUCUAGAAAUAAUCGAAUAUCCUUUGAUAUCUUAGAUUUCUUCAAAAUGUUACAUUUAUCAUAAUUAUGUACAAUUGUGAAACGGAAAUUAAUAAGUCAAGUCAAAUAAAAAAGUUCUAAAGAAUUUCUUGACAGAUCUAAAUCAUUUUUUACGACGGAAGUCACGCCAAUAAAAUAUAAAAAAAAUAGAGAAGAGAAGACCAGUCACAAGAGGAUGUCUGGUGGCAUUUACUGCUAUAUUGGGCAUGCAUAAUAUGAUAUGAACUACAUUAAGAAUUGUAGAUGGUAAAUCCCGUGUCUUCAUCAAACUCAUCAAACCAGGAAGCUGUGUCAUUUCGCUUUAUAUUUUGAGCUUUCUUGUUUCAUUUUUCUAUUAUGUCACCGAGCGAACAUUGAACCCGAUCAGUUCGGUGUCCUAAAUUUCCAUUUGAUGUUUUCUCGUGCAUGUCGCCAUUAACCUUCUUAUUUCAUAAUGCAAUAUUCUUUCUUUUGUCAUCUAUCCUUUUUUUUUCAAACUGAUAGUAAGCAUGGCGAUCACAUUGCAAUGCGUUCUUUGAUUGACAAAGGGUUACAAUGCUUAACUUCAAUUUGCAUGUAACAAGAUAGUGAUUGUAGUACCCAGUCAUUCCAUUUAGAUUUCAUCAUCUGAUAAACGGCUAUCUAUUUUGUUGAAUUCUCUGAUAAUUAGCAACUAUAGUUUGUAUAUACCUGAAAAGGAGUAGUUGUGGAAACCAAAUAAAAUUCCGGGAGAAUGAACCUGAAAUAUUGUUCAGAUAAAAUUAUGCAAACCUUACAUCAUGAACAGAAAUGAAAAAAAAUGGCAAAUACAGAGGAAGUGUCUCUUUCAGUUCAUUAGAGAUGAUAGUAACGCUUUAUUGUAACAAAAAUGGUUUUCCUAAGUCAUAUCUCUUAUACGGUUGUGUUGGGGCCCGGCGAUAUUAGUCAUCACACUACUUUUUUCAAACUGACAAUUUCAAACCCAUUUCCAUUUUGAUGGGCAGCUAUUAAGCUUUCUGGAAUAAAGGAAGGCGGAUUAGGCAUUUCUAUGAAUUAAUAGUGGACUUAGUUUUAAUUACAGGAAUCUAAUACUAGGCAUGCAUUUUUAGUCUAUAUAAACUAAAGGUUCGCCAUUUGUGUAUGUGUGCAUAUUGAUUGCCUCAUAAACCAAGGCGUAGGGAUUAUGCAAAGGAAGAAGCAUUACGCAGUCAGAUUAGUCGAGGGAGAUGUUUUCUACUUGCAUUUUACAAUACCUGGGCCCGUUUUCAUGAAUAGCAAUAGUAAAUUUGCCAUCAUGUUACGUACCAUGGGAACCUUGAUAUCUACUGGCUGUUGAGCCACGUUACCAUGGUUAUUACCAUAAUGCAGGGUACAUGGUCGAGAGCAGCUGGGCAAAGCGGGGAGGGGGGUAGACUGAAUCAAAACUUGUCUUUUCUAAUGAUAAAUAUACUCCUACUCCCCCACAAAAAUACAAUUGAUUAUCCCUUGAUCGAUAUUUGAAAGUACAAUUAAAAAAAAAUUAUGUUUGCUCAGAUCGGUCGCUCCGCUUUCUUGAUAUUCUUGAAAAUUUACGCAGU